AUGUCUUCCACCCUCCCCACGGCGCUUCACGAGGCGUCUGACCCCAUGCAGGUUACUUCUAAAUGGGGUCUCCUUCGACCGGCUUACGGUCCCAAGCGUCUCGCUAUCAAGAACCAUUUUGUCGCCAUGAUUGGUGAAUUUGUGGGAACCACUCUCUUCAUCCUGUUCUGUCUCGGCGGCACACACGUUGCUCUGCUAUCUGCGACUUCCAUCACUGGCGACGCUGACGCGCCCCUUAAUACCUCUUCUCUCUUCUACAUCGCCCUCUCUUUCGGCCUUUCCCUUACCGUCAACGUAUGGAUCUUCUUCCGCGUCAGUGGUGGAUUGUUCAACCCUGCCGUCUCUCUCGGCAUGACCCUCGCUGGCUGCUUGCCGCCCUUGCGAGGUGCUUUGCUGGCUGUGGCGCAAAUCUUGGGUGGUAUGACUGGAGCUGCCAUUGCCGACGCGUUGGUCCCUGGGCAUCUUAACGCAGGCACUGCUCUGGGUGGUGGGGCCUCUAUUGCCCAAGGUCUUUUCAUUGAAGUCUUCCUCACAGCAUUGCUGAUGCUCACCAUCUUUUUCUUGGCUGCCGAAAAGCACAAGGCUACUUUCAUGGCCCCUCUGGGUAUUGGAAUGGCCCUCUUUAUUGCCGAAAUUGUCGGUGUCUACUUUACCGGUGGCUCUCUCAACCCAGCCCGUUCAUUUGGCCCCGCCGUUGUCACUCACGACUUCCCCGGUUAUCACUGGAUCUACUGGGUUGGACCCUGCAUCGGCUCUUCCCUCGCUGCAGGCUUCUACCGUUUCCUCAAGUGGAUCGAAUACGAGACUGUCCUUGGUCCCGAGGACCCCGUUGAGCAGCGACCUCUCUUGUCUCCCUCCGCGUCUCAAGCGCCCAGCAGCCCUGUCACGACCAAGAGCGAACAGGAGGCAGUAUCCCACAACGAGGCUGUCCAAUGGGCUACUAAGGGUCCUGGGGAGAUGAAGGUCACUGGACCUGGUUUGGGCGAUCUCGAGACCGACGGGCCCAGGGAAAACCUGCACGACUUGAACCAGUACCCAGGCAGGAUGAACGCUAGGCUGGAGAAGAUCGAGAAGCUCUUGGCGCAGCUUGUCGAGACCAGGCGUUCAGGUGUGGAGACAUCACCUGUGUAG